UAUUGCUAAAAAUGGCAGAGGCGGACGAUAGCAAUUUCUACAUUGAACUCUGUAAAACUCCUAUUAGAUUUGACCCCGUGGAUAAAGUGACCAAUGUUUUCUACGAUGAUUCUAACAAGCAGGUGUUUGCUGUGCGGUCAGGUGGAGCCAUGGGUGUGGUGGUCAAAGGUCCAGGUGAAAAGGAUUCAGUAACAUUCAGAGUUGAAGGUCGAGGAGAUGUUAUUUCUAUCAAAUUUUCCCCGGACAAACGAGUUCUAGGCAUACAAAGAUCAGCAAAAUCUGUGGAAUUUAUAAAUUUCAUGACUGAUAUGACAGCAGACCAACUGGAAUACUCACAAACCUGCAAGGGUAAAUCCACCAACAUCAUGGGAUUUGUGUGGACUGGAGUGAAUGAGAUCGUCUUUGUCACUGACCAUGGGAUUGAAUUCUAUCAGGUUACCCCUGAGAAGCGAUUGUUGAAGUGCGCUAAAACCAUCAACCUCAGCGUGGCUUGGUUUGUCUGGCAGAAUAAUCCUUACAUCAUUUUCCAGGGAACAAUGACAAAACUACCUAAGUUUGAGGUAGAUUUACCAGCAGUACAGAAGCAGGCUAAGACUCCACUGCUAGAGCGCGAUGUCAUCAUGGCUAUUAUAUAUGGCCAACUGUACAUUGUUAUUCUGAGACAUCAGCCCCGCCCUGGGUCCAUAGGGGCGGAGAUUGUACUGUACCAGAUCAUCAGGGAUGGUCCAGCAAGAAAAACCAAUGUGUUGAAGCUGGACAUGAGUGGACGCUUUGCUAUCAACAUUGUCGACAAUCUAAUCCUGGUUCAUCACCAAGCUUCCAGAACAUCUGUGGUAUUUGAUAUUCUCCUAGAAGGAGAAUCGGAUGGCUUUGUAACAUUCCAUUAUCCAGUUGUCUCCCCUUUGCCAAUUAAACCUUUUACAAUGCUACUCCCUUCACUAAAUCUACAAACAGGAGCGAACAAAAUGGAGUAUUCGUGUGAGUUAUAUUCACCAAACUGGAUUGUCUUUCAGCCCAACAUAAUAAUAGAUGCUAAGUUAGGUUGUCUGUGGUAUGUGAAACUGCUGUCGGGACCUCUUGUGGUGAUGAUCCCUGACAAGUGUCGACUCAUCAAGUUCCUGCUGCAGAGGAAUGACAGUAAAGCUGACAUCCUGUCUGUGUGUAGGAAUAUGAUGGUGCCAGGUAAACAGGCCAAUUUGCGCACCAUUGCUUCUGUCCUGGACAUGCUGAACAAAGUCUACCACUCACACCUGGAGUCUGAGAUCAACCAGUUGGCAACCGACACACAAGCUCGACCCUUAGAACCACGACGCCGCCAAGUCAUCAUAGACCAGUCUGACGCCUACACACACAUCUUCUCAAUCUUUGAAGAUAGAAAGGAUAUGAAGUACAAGUUCAUUGUUGCUGUCCUGAUAGAAUACAUCCGCUCACUGAACCAGCACAAUAUACCAGUUCAGCAUUACCUGUACGAGCUUAUCAUCAAUACCUUGGUUCACAACAACUGCUGUUACCAGCUUCAUCAGUUUCUCCAGUACCAUGUGCUCAGUGACUCCAAACCACUGGCUUGCCUGAUGCUUUCCUUGGAAAGUGUGUACCCACCGGCUCACCAACUGGCUCUUGAUAUGCUCAAGCGUUUAUCUACAGCUAAUGAAGAAAUAAUAGAAGUUCUGCUGUCUAAACAACAGCUACUCCCAGCUUUACGGUUUAUACGUAGUGUCGGAAUCACAGACACAGUCUCAGCUCGGAAAUUCCUAGAGGCAGCCAAGUCCACUGAGAAUAAUAUGCUGUUCUAUACCGUCUUUAAAUUCUUCGAGCAGAGAAACAUACGACUCAGAAAUCACCCUAAAUUCCCCCAAGGUGAACACUGUGAGCAGUACACGAAAUACUUCGAGGGACUAUUUGGGACAGAUGCUCUUGCACAAAUGUUUCAAACGUAGCGUACCAUGACAACAAAUUGUGACCAUUUAAGUGCUGUGAUAAUUGUAUAUACAUGUACAACAUAAUCGAGAGGAUACUGGUCAUCUUCAAUUUCAGCCCUGUUACAAGAUUGUUCACUUACAAGACUACUUUUUAUCCUACUCCAAGGAAAUAUGUUUGUAGAGAUAUAUCAGGAGUUUAUGACAAUAUACAAGUGAUGACUUCCAGUAAAUUGAUGUCUGACGAGUUAUGUUAAUUGUGUACGUAGUAAAUUGAUGUCUGACGAGAUAAUGUUAAUUGUGUACGUAGUAAACUGAACCUAUCAACAUGACUUUAAUUUAUAGUCAGCUUUAUAAAAAUAUACUCAAAUUACAGAUUUUAUGUUACAACUAAUAAAAUCAGAUGCAUUUAUUGAUCUCCAACGCUUUCAAUACCAGAUGAUCCAUUUUAGUGUAACCCCAGGGGUUGUGACUGCACACAUUACUGUGUUUUGUGGACCAGGCUUUGUUAUAUUGAUACCUAUUAUGGUGUCAGAUGUCCCGAGUAAAGAGAUGAUUAUAUAUAUAAUAUUAUAUAGGCACCACAAUGAAGCUCCCCACUUGACAUGAUAUAAGAGGCUACCUAGUAUCACCAAUCAGUGUCUCUAUAAGUCCUGUUAAUAUUCAUAUUACACAAUACCAACGGUGGUAAUAGCUACUUAUCUUAAGGUGGAACAUAAAUUUUGUUCAAGAACGUGUUCUUUGGUUUCUAAGAGAAAAACAUUAAAUAUCUACAAUUUUUACUGGUAUUAAGAUUUUAGUAACUUUUACAACUUCAAUCUUGUAGCCUUGGCAACCAUAGCAAAAACAAACAAAAAUAUCUUAAUAGUAUCAGGGAAGAAUUCAAAACUUUUAAGAAGAAAAAAAUGAAAAGUCAGGUAAAAGUUUUGAAGUUUGUUGAAAUAGAGUGUCAAAAGAGAUCCGAACCAUUCUAAGUUCUUUGGCUUGUUGCAUGUUUUGAAAGAGGGCUGUCAAAACGAAUUACCUUGACCCAUUUUCAAGGUCAGAUAAACCUUUGAUAAAAUCUUCUGAAUAACUAAAGGCAGAGGUCAUGAUGUUUGACAUGUAGUAUGCUUGAGUGGAGGGCUAUCCAAUUUGUUAAAAUUGAUAGCCUUAACUCACUUUGAAUGUCACAGUUGUCGAAUGUGUGGAAACCUUGAAAUAACUUAUUUCAAAUAACUAAAAGUUUAGGUUAAUGAUAUUUGCUUGCAGCAUGGUGGAGUCGAGGGCUAUCAAAUGUGUUAAAAGAAAUGACCUUCGUUCACUUUUAAUGUUGCUUAAGUAAAAUAAGUUAAAUCUUCAUGAAAGAUUUGUAGCCUUUGCAUUGUUAGAUUGCUUGCUAUUAAAUUUGAUAAGAACUUACUUUGAAGGUUGCUGAAGGGAGAUGCGUGAAUCACGGGUGAGUGAUGCAGGCCCUUGGCCAUCUGUUUAACUAACGUCAUGGUUGGAUGAAUCAUGACUGGACGGUGUGUUUCUUCCUUUCUCGUGACUGUUCUAUUAACAUUAAAGUCAGUACAAAUAAUUAAAGGUAAAAACAUUAAAGUCAGUACAAAUAAUUAAAGGUAAAAGAAUUAUAAUGCAGAUCUAGAGAACGACUUAACAAUGGUUGAACAUAUACAAGACUAAGGACACUUCAUGGAUGUAUCAUACAUGUAACUAGGCAUGGUUUUAUUGUAGUGGACCAGUACACCUACCUGGUAAAUGGUUAACAAUAUUUGGUUUACUUGUUUAGAAAGUAUUUUUUCAAAUUGUCUUUGAUAUGUUCAAAACAGUACUUAAAGAACAACAUACAUUGAUAAAUCUAUGUAAUUGGGAUAAAUAAAUCAGUAAUACUGGUAUUAGCAGUAUUGUAGUUCACUGAGUACCACUUGUGUAAAAUACCUGCCAGGUAAAGUGAUAUGCAUGCUAUAUGGCUCUUUCUUGUUUCUAUAGAGCCUUAUAAACGUAUUUAAAAUACUCAUUUUAUAUCCUGAUGUUAUCAAUCUGUUUAAAACGUACAACAUAUGUCAUCACCACCAUCGUGCUGAACACAACACAUACAUUAUAACCUUACGUGUGUGUUCAGAUUAAAAAAAAGGGUAUUGUCCCUCUUGUAUAGUGUCGGCCAUUACGUCACCAGUGUAGGGUAGGUUUGGUGAAAUUAACAUUUCAAUUCUCUUUCAAUUUCACUUGCAACAGAUCAAAAUAACUUGUGGUGUUUUUUGUAUUUUAUUAAAGUAAAACGAAAUGUUUUACAUUUUUUACAAUGUUUUCUGUGUGAAAUUUGUAAAAAUACAGUGCUUACUUAUCUUAAAUCAUACAGCUUUUGUUAAGUUGAAUAUCAAUUUCUACUUUAUUUUGUUUAUGGCAAGAUUGGGACAAGAAGCAUGCGACAUAUAUUUCCCGAACAUCGUAUGUGCAAUAUUUCAUUGUAUAAUGGCUGUAUUGCUAUAUUAAAACAUGCAUUGAU